CGCAACCGAAGUCCUCCGCGUGUACGGAACUGACCAGACUUGAGAGAUGGCGGCCCCCGCUCCAACACAGCGCUUGGGGGCGGCCAUCUUGUCUCCUGAACAAAGCCGCGGAGGAUGCGGAGUGGGCAAAACCGCCCAGUACGGCUCGGCGCAGGCUCGGGAGCCCCGCUCUGUGCUCACCCAGACAGGAAGCGGGAGAGUUCAGCAGUAUGGCUGUGACAGCCAUCCCGGGUAAAGCCAUGAUGGGCGUUUGGGGACCUGAUAACGGAGCCUCAAGACAGAAGGCGGAUCAGUUUUGACAAGGCCUGGAAUACCCCGUAUAAAACAUGCUCCCUGUCAUGGGAGCAUUCAAUUGCUCUGAACCAGUUCAGUCUUGUCUGAGUGACUACUUCUGGGACUGAGAAAAAUUGACCAGACCGGUGAAUGUGGAAGCAGCAGAUGGUCUGGUCUGUGAAAACGUCCUUCUGAUCACCAGUUUUGCUUUUUCAAACAUCUGCCCUUUAAGAAGAGAGCAGAAAAUGAUGAAGUCCCAGGGGUUGGUAUCAUUCAAGGAUGUGGCUGUGGAUUUCACCCAAGAGGAGUGGCAGCAGCUGGGCCCUGCUCAGAGGACCCUGUACAGGGAUGUGAUGCUGGAGAACUUCAGCCACGUGGUCUCAGUGGGAUAUCCAGUUUCCAAACCAGAUGUCAUCUCUAAGUUGGAACAAGGAGAAGAUCCAUGGAUCAUCAAGAGAGACGUAUCGAAUUGGAUUUAUACAGAUGAAAAUCGGGCAGAUGGGAGACAAGACAGGAAAAGUAACCUUGACAGCCCAAAAUCAUGUAUUUUGGAGUCUGUUUCCAUCCGUAAUAAUUUCCUGAGAGGAGUCACAAAGGAUGGUUCAUUGUACUCCAUUUUGAAAGUCUGUCAAGAUGAUGGCCAGCUGCAGAGAUGUGAGGAAAACCAAGACAAGCUUUUCAGGCAAGUAACAGUCAUCAACAACAAAACAGUGACUGUGGAAUCAGACCAUAAAUAUAAUGCUUUGGGGAAAAUAUUUCAAGAGUGCAUAGAGCCAGCUACUUUAAGACAAAGAUCCCAUAGCUAUGAUGUAUUUAAAAAGAACUUGAAAUAUAAUACUGAGCUACAUAGUUGUAAUAAGAGUAAUUCAAGAAAAAACCCUGAUGAGAGUUUUAGAUGUGGAAAAUCAUCUAGCUAUGGUACAUCAGAUUCUAAUCUUGAGAAAAUUCACAAUGGAAUAAUGCUCUGUAAUAACAAUCAAUGUGGGAACAUUUUUAAUAGUAAGAGAUCCCUUAUUCAAUAUCAGAAUGUUGAAACUAAGGAGAAAACCUGUGUGUGUGUUACAUGUGGAAAAGCCUUUGCCAAGAAGUCACAACUUAUUGUACAUCAACGAAUUCAUACUGGAAAGAAACCAUAUGAUUGUGGUGCGUGUGGGAAAGCCUUCAGUGAGAAGUUUCAUCUUAUCGUACAUCAGAGAACUCAUACUGGUGAGAAACCUUAUGAAUGUUCUGAAUGUGGAAAAGCCUUCUCUCAAAAAUCUUCCCUCAUUAUACAUCAGAGAGUUCACACUGGGGAAAAACCAUAUGAAUGUAGUGAGUGUGGGAAAGCCUUCUCCCAGAAAUCACCCCUCAUUAUACAUCAAAGAAUUCACACUGGAGAGAAACCUUAUGAAUGUAGAGAGUGUGGGAAGGCCUUCUCCCAGAAGUCACAACUGAUUAUACAUCAUAGAGCUCAUACUGGAGAGAAGCCAUAUGAAUGUACUGAGUGCGGGAAAGCCUUCUGUGAGAAGUCCCACCUCAUUAUACAUAAAAGAAUUCACACUGGGGAGAAACCCUACAAAUGUGCUCAGUGUGAGGAAGCCUUCAGCAGGAAGACAGAACUCAUUACACAUCAGUUAAUUCAUACUGGGGAGAAACCUUAUGAAUGUACUGAAUGUGGGAAGACCUUCUCCCGGAAGUCACAGCUCAUCAUACAUCAGAGGACACAUACUGGAGAAAAACCAUAUAAAUGCAGCGAAUGUGGAAAAGCCUUCUGUCAGAAAUCACACCUCAUUGGACACCAGAGAAUUCACACAGGAGAAAAACCUUAUAUAUGCAGUGAAUGUGGGAAAGCCUUCUCUCAGAAGUCCCACCUCCCAGGGCAUCAGCGAAUUCAUACAGGAGAGAAACCUUAUGUAUGUGCUGAAUGUGGAAAGGCCUUUUCCCAGAAGUCAGACCUUGUUUUACAUCAGAGAAUUCAUACUGGAGAAAGACCCUAUCAGUGUGCUAUCUGUGGGAAAGCCUUCAUCCAGAAGUCACAACUCACUGUGCAUCAGAGAAUUCAUACAGUGGUAAAAUCAUAAUGAACUGAAUGCAGAAAAGCCUUCAGUAUUAGCUCAAGCCUUAAUAAAUACUAGGGACUUAAUUGAUUUGAUAUUUAUGGGACAUCAUUAUAGAUUAACAGUUUACAAGAGAAUUCAUGUUUAUAAUGUGGUGAUACCCAACUCAGCAAAGAUGUUAGAAAAUAAUCAUAAAUGAAGAACAUUUUCAACAUGGUGUGUAAAACUUUUAAAGUUAUAUAUAUAGAAUGUUGUCAGGUUACAUAUUCUUCAUUAUACCACAUUAAUAAUAACCAGACAUUGUGAACUAGCUAAUAUUAGCUUGGCAUAAUUUUGGCCAUAAAAUAACUCCCUGGAAAGGACUUGAAGAAGGCUUGAAUUAAAUAAAUAAAUAAAUAAAUAAAUAAAUAAAGGUUUAGAAACUACUUUGUAAGGAGGGGCUUAGCAUGACCCCUAAUAAUAAAUGUAAAAUUCUUGUACAAAGAUGGAAAGAGAGGUGGAUCAGAUGAUGUUUAUGCGUUUUCCCAUCUUAAUCAUGUAAGUUGACCUGUCUCUUUGGAAGGAUCCUGCACCUUGAAGUUGAUGCUUCUUGUUCAGAUUUCCCAUUUAUUCUCCCUCACUGAGAGUUUGAUGUUGUGGAAAUUUUUUGGUACUAAACCAGAUGUUCUUGUGUUCUAAUACGGGGUCAGCUACUUGCAGAUUGUGUAACUUCAAACAAGCCUACUUCACCCAUCUGAAUUUUUAUUAGUAAAAAAAAAAAAAAACAGGUACAACAAAGAGCACAUUUUCAUUUAAUAUUUCUUUUUGUCUUUCAUCUCUGUGCAGCUGGAUGCUAAGACUAAUAUGUAAAAGUUACAUCUAAACUUGCUUUGCAUUUCAGACACUCUGCUUUUGAUAACCCAUUCCCAUGACUGUUCAUUUUACUAUUUUUGAUCCUAGUGGCCUUGAUUCUUGGUAUGUUAAAGUGACAUUUUAUUAUACUUUUAUUAUUUUUUACAUACAUUUAUAAACUGGCAAUACACAUAAA